AAUUACGAAAUAUUUAAAUGGUGAUUCUUAUUUCUGUACAAAAUAAAAGUAUAUAUUGAAAUGAUCGAUCGAUUACUAAUUAAAAAAAAAAAAAAAAAAAAAAAAAUUUCGAAAAAAUAUUCCUCAGAAUAUCGAGAAACUUCGAUUGUCAUUAAACGAAUAUUGUUUGUUAUUACAAGCACAAUCAUUAGAAUAAAAAGUAAUUAGUUUAUACAAUAUAUUUAAAAAGAAAACAAUUAUAACAAUGAAGUUCAGUCUAUCUCCACGUUGAUUUCUAAUAUAUUCCAGCACAGCAAACACUAUCUUGAGUCCAAUUCAGAUUUCUCUUUCAUUUUCUUUUUUGUAUUUUUCUUUUUUUUUUUUUUUUGUCUUUUGUCUUUUUUUUUUUUCUUUGUUUUUAAUCAUCUUGUAUAUUUUUCAUUCUUUCACUGGCUCGCACUGACUCUUCUUUAAUAUUUUUUAAAAUAAUAUUUUAACGAACGAUAAUUAUGAAGAACGAUAAAUAUGAAUGAAUUAAUGUUGCUCGCAACUGAUGGAUCUUCUUAUUUCCAUUGAAACGAAUAAAAUCGUUAUAGCUUUUUAAUCAGACAAGUGACGGUCAAUAAGUUUCACGUAAGACCGGUGCAAUUGAUAAAGUUAGAUCAAUUGAUAAAUACGAUACACUUGUAGAUCGAGUACACUAUAGUUUACUAUAUAAUAUAAUAAUUAUUUUGUGUAAACAGUUAAUAAGUAAUACUAAUUGGUACUCGUCUAUCAUAAUAUUAUCAUAUAAUAUUUAUGUCUGUUAUCUUUUGUUUUUCCUGUUAAUAAAAGUUAUCAAUUAGGUCAAAUCGUUUAUAUUCACUUAUACACAUAAAACUUUUAUGGUAUUAAUUUGAUAUCAAAAGUUACUCCGAUAUUAUUCAUAAUAGCACAAUAAUCACACACAUUGAAUUAAAUUUCGAAUUGUAAGUCCUCGAUGAUAACUUCUCGAAGAUAUAUUUAUCGAUAAACGAUCUAUGAUCCAUGAUUUUAACUCUAUUAACGUGUGAUUUUCAAUGCGUUAAAAUUUGUGAUCUUAGUUGAACGUCAAGUGCUAAACUGUAUCAAUACUGUACUAACUUCUCGCAAGAAUACUCACUUGAGUUUACUAUUUAACAUUCGAAAUAUAUUCAUCGACCAUUUUGGUUAUUAUUAUCAUUCUGUUAUCGCGAUGUUUAUAGAAAAAAAAAAAAAAAAAAAAAAAAAAAAUAACGAAAACAAAACAAAAAAAAAACAAAAAGAAAAAUAAAAAAUACAAAUUAUCGUGCAUGUAAAUAUUUUCAUGAUAAUCGUAAAAAAAAUAUACGGAAGUAUAAAUAUUUAAAUGAAAUGCUACGACGUUAGAUAAUUGUAAAAACGUCUAUCAAUUUUCAAACGUUAAAAUAUGGAAAUGUACUAUUCUAAUACGAAAAGUGGAUAUAAAUGAAAAAUAAAUAUUUUGCUAACAUUUGUUUUUUGUUUUUUCUUUUUUUUUCUUGUUUUGUUUUCUUUUGUUUUUUUUUGUUCUUUUUUUUUUUUUGUGUUUUUUGACAUUAUCAAUUGUUACUGAUACAAAGGUAUAUAAAUAAACGUGUGGGUUAAAAUAAAUAUGAAUUUGAAAAGAAAUAAAGAGCUGCAGAAGGAAAACGAAAAGAAAAGGAGAAGACAGGAAGCAAAAGAAAAAAUAUAUUCGAAGAAAAAUGGAAGUGUCACUAUGCAUUAUAUUUUGGAUGGAUUUAUGUUUGAUGUAUUGUCAGGGAUAUAGAAUUCUUGGAAUAUUUCCAUACUAUGCAAAAAGUCAUUUUGUCAUGUUCGAAACAUUGAUGAAAGGAUUAGCUAAAAAUGGCCAUCAGGUUGAUGUCAUUAGUCCGUUCCCAUUGAAAAAGCCAUUCGUUAAUUAUAACGAUUUAAUUGUGAUAGAAUCGCAAAUAAAUACACUCAAUAAUGUAUCGUACGAUAUCGCAAGGAAAAUCUUCACAGUACAUGCGGUGUCAACCAUAAGUGGUAAUCCCGUUUGUGAAUACCUGGCACAUCCAGAAAUACAAAAACUAAUCCACAAUCCUCCGAAGGAUCCACCUUAUGACGUAGUUCUUAUAGAGAUUCUUGGUGCUCAUUGUUUAGCCAUAUUCGGACAUCUUUUCAACGUACCAGUGAUCGGUGUCAGUUCGUGUACUCUUUAUCCAUGGCACAAUCAUAUUAUCGGAAAUCCCGAAAAUUUGGCCAUUCUUCCAAAUAAUUUAUUGAACUUUAACAAUCCAAUGAACUUUUGGCAACGAACGUACAACUUUCUACACACUGUCUUCAAUAAAAUAUACUUCAAUCAUUUGACCAAAUAUCAAGAUGAACAAAUAAGAAAGUACGUCGGUCCGAAUUUACCAAGUGUGCGACAAUUGGAAAAGAAUAUUUCCAUGAUUCUGGUGAACUCAUAUUUUACUUUAAAUGGAAUUAGACCGUUAACGCAGGCCCACAUAGAAGUUGGUGGAUUGCAUGUUCAAGAUGACGGCUCGGUAUUAUCACCGGAGCUACAGAAAUGGUGUGACGAGAGCAAAGAUGGUUUUGUCUAUUUCACGUUUGGUUCAAUGGUCAAGAUCGAAUCAUUUCCAAGAAAGAUUCUCGAUAUAUUCUAUAAAUCUUUCGAAAGGAUAUCGCCAGUAAAUAUUCUAAUGAAGAUUCCAAAUCCCGAAGAGUUACCACCUGGUUUGCCAAAGAAUGUUCACACUUUGCCGUGGAUACCGCAAUUGAAAGUUUUACAACAUCGGAACGUGAAAGCAUUUAUUACUCACGGUGGUCUUAUGGGGACACAAGAGGCCAUUUCAUGUGGCGUUCCAAUGAUCGGAUUACCAAUCUUCGCCGACCAAUUUUCAAAUGUCGCUAAUUAUGUUAAGAAGAAUAUCGCAAUAAAACUAGACUAUGAAAAUUUAUCACAAGAUGACAUGGACGCGGCAUUGAACGCAAUCUUAAAUAAUUCCACAUACAGGCAGGCCGCACAUAAAGUUGCACAACAAUUUUUAAAUAGGCCAUUGAAAGCAAUUGACACGGCUAAUUAUUGGAUUGAAUAUAUCGUGAAAUACGGAUGGGACGCACUCCGUUCACCGGCCAUGGACUUGAAUUGGUGGGAAAACGAUCUUUUAGACGUAUAUACAUUCUUAUUGUUGACUAUAGUUAUCAUCAUUUACAUAACAAUUCGAUUAAUUAGAAUGUUUCUAAGAAUAAUUUUAUCUAACCCAAAUAUUAACGUUUCACCCAUGAAGAAGAUGUUAAAUGAAUUAAACAAAUGUCAUAUAACGGGAAGAAGUAGCGACGGUACAUUGUAUAAGAAAAGAUACAAGGGAAAACGAAGAAGAAUCGAAGAAAAAAAGAUUCAAAGAAAAAUGAAGACUUUACUAUGGAUUAUAUUGUGUAUGAGUUUGUGUCUUACGUUAUCCCAGGGAUAUAGAAUCCUUGGAAUUUUUCCAUUUCUCGGGAAAAGUCAUUUUAUUAUGUUCGAAAAUUUGAUGAAAGGACUCGUUAAGAAGGGUCAUCAGGUCGAUGUGAUUAGUUCGUACCCAUUGAAUAAACCGUUCGUUAAUUAUACCGAUUUAGUUGUGGUGCCAUUGGAAAAUAAAAUUGUCAAUAACAUUUCGUACAAAUUAGCAAAUAAACUCUCCAUUUUGCAGACGUUGUCAAACAUAGCUGGUAAUAAUCUUUGUGAAAACUUGGCACUUCCAAAAAUUCAAAAACUAAUUCGCAAUCCUCCGAAGGAUCCACCCUAUGACGUCGUACUGAUGGAGGUUCUCGCUGCUCAUUGUUUUGCUAUAUUCGGACAUAUUCUUAAUGUACCAGUGAUCGGUGUCAGUACUUGCAGUCUCUAUCCAUGGCAAAAUCAAUAUAUUGGAAAUCCCGAAAAUUUGGCCAUUCUUCCGAAUAAUUUAUUGAACUUUAACAAUCCAAUGAACUUUUGGCAACGAACGUACAACUUUCUACACACUAUCUUCAACAAAAUAUACUUCAAUCAUGUAACCAAAUAUCAAGAUGAACAAAUAAGAAAGUACGUAGGUCCGAAUUUACCGAGUAUACGACAAUUGGAAAAAAAUAUUUCCAUGAUUCUGGUGAACUCAUAUUUCACUUUAAAUGGAAUUAGACCUUUAACGCAGGCCUUCGUCGAAGUCGGUGGAUUGCACGUUCAAGAUGACGGCUCAAAAUUAUCACCUGAGCUACAGAAAUGGUUGGACGAGAGCAAAGAUGGUUUUGUCUAUUUCACGUUUGGUUCAAUGGUCAAGAUCGAAUCAUUUCCAAGAAAGAUUCUCGAUAUAUUCUAUAAAUCUUUCGAAAGGAUAUCGCCAGUAAAUAUUCUAAUGAAGAUUCCAAAUCCCGAAGAGUUACCACCUGGUUUGCCAAAGAACGUUCACACUUUGCCGUGGAUACCGCAAUUGAAAGUUUUACAACAUCGGAACGUGAAAGCAUUUAUUACUCACGGUGGUCUUAUGGGGACACAAGAGGCCAUUUCAUGUGGCGUUCCAAUGAUCGGAUUACCAAUCUUCGCCGACCAAUUUUCAAAUGUCGCUAAUUAUGUUAAGAAGAAUAUCGCAAUAAAACUAGACUAUGAAACUUUAUCGCAAGAUGACAUGGAUGCGGCAUUGAACGCAAUCUUAAAUAAUUCCACAUACAGGUACAGGGAGGCCGCACGUAAAGUUGCACAAAAAUUUAUGGAUAGGCCAUUGAAGGCAAUCGACACGGCUAAUUAUUGGAUUGAAUAUAUCGUGAAAUACGGAUGGGACGCACUCCGUUCACCGGCCAUGGACUUGAAUUGGUGGGAAAACGAUCUUUUAGACGUAUAUACAUUCUUAUUGUUGACUAUAGUUAUCAUCAUUUACAUAACAAUUCGAUUAAUUAGAAUGUUUCUAAGCAUAAUUUUAUCUAACCCAAAUAUUAACGUUUCACCCAUGAAGAAGAUGUUAUAACAAUUUGAUUUCGGUGUUAGAAUAUUUCAAGAUUUUUUAAAACAUAAAUGAAUUUAUUUGAGAAUUGGUUCCUAUCAAUACAUUCAACUGAUGAUAAAUUUGUGGUGAUGUUUGAAAAAUUAAUUCGACUUCACGCUGAUAUCAAUGUGUGAAUAAAUUAUAGAUAGAUAAACGAUCUUGUUCAGAAAAAAAAAUAAGAUUUUAUUUAUGAUGACUCAUAGAAAUAUUCUAAUAUCUACUAUUUCCAAAUUUAUCUUCAAUUAUGUAUCCCAAUUUUUUAUCGAUGAUAAAAAAGAUAUCAAUAAUAAUUUAUAUAAAUCCAUAUCGAAAUCAUCGAUUCCAAAUAUUAAGGGAAUCGUUUGGCAACAGACGACUCACUAUGCCAACCAGCAAGUUAAGUCAGUCAGUAAGUACAAUAUACCCAUAGAAAGCAUGAUACUAUUUAAUAUAUACUGUUUACUAUAUAAUAGUUACGAUUGUCAUGUUGUUUUGUUUUUUCUCUUAAUAAAAGUUAUCAAAGAGAUUAAA